AUGAGUGCAUCCAAAUUUAAGACAAUUUGUGUUUUUUGUGGUAGUAGCUUAGGGAAGAAAAAGAGUUACCAGGAUGCAGCCAUUGAUAUUGCCAAAAAACUGGUGAUGAAAAACAUUGAUUUGGUAUACGAAGGAGGUAAUAUUGUAUUAAUGGGCUUGAUUUCUCAAACUGUCUUUGAUGGUGGAAGGCAUGUUCUUGGUGUGAUUCCUAAGCCUCUAAUGGAUAAAGAGAUCACUAGUGUCACUAUAGGAAAAUUAAAACCAGUUGCAAAUAUCCACCAGAGGAAAGCAGAGAUGAACCUGCAUUCUGAUGCCUUUAUUGCUAUGCUGGUUAGCGGUUAUGGCACUCUUGAGGAACUUUUUGAAGUAAUUACUUGGGCACAAUUAGCCAUACGUAACAAGCCUAUUGGAUUGCUAAACAUUGAUGGGUACUAUAAUUCAUUGCUUUCUUUCAUUGACCAAGCUGUAGAGGAAGGUUUCAUCAAACCAAGUGCACAUCAUAUUAUUGCCUCCGCUUCAAAUGCAAAGGAGCUAAUUGAGGAACUCAAAGACUACUACCCAUGUCAUAAAGAAGUUACAGUGAAACUAAAUUAG